AUGCUGGUUGAUAGUAUAACCUCAAAUGAUCACUAUCAUGAAGAAUUGGUCUUGAAACCAUUGGCAACUGGUCACCUUUAUGCCCAUUUUCAAUUUACUACGUAUUGGCAUGUCGAUAUUGCUAAUAAAGAUGCUUUUAAACAUUUUAACUUAUUUCCCAAGCCUCUCGGACAAAUUUUGAGUCGCUAUGAUGUAGAGGAACUACAUUUUUCACUAACCCAAGGAUUGUGGAGGCACAACUGGUGGGGCUAUCCAAUACUGUCUUCACCUCCUGGAGCAGAGCUGAGUGUUUGGUUCGCGGCCAAUAUGUCGCAAAGUAUUGACUCAGCUUGGUCUGGAUUAACAAAUGCUUUAUCUGGUCUAUUCUGUGCUUCACUGAACUUUAUUGACUCUACUACUACGGUCAGUCCAGCAUGGAGUUUUCGACCUGAAGGAGCAAGCAAAAAGAACUUGAACUCUUCCAGAUUGAGAUACGCUGUAUUAACGCGUGAAACAAUAUGUACGGAAAAUCUUACACCUUGGAAGAAACUAUUACCAUGUGAUGCAAAGGCAGGAUUAUCAGUCUUAUUCCAUUCUUUAGCUCUAUAUAAUGUUAACUAUCAUUCGAUGGGCGUUCAUGUUCGGCCUUUUUGCAAGACUAAAGAUUGUAAAUCUUCUGGCGUAGAAUUAAAGCAAACCCUGUCUCUAGUUUUCAAUCCAAUCAUUCAUUCCGGAUCAAGAGACUGGAAUCUAGAAAACCUUUUUUCUAAGGCUAUCCCUUCUGUAUGUCCUCUAGCAACCACAAGCAAAAUCUUUGUUGAUAUAUCUAACAAUAAGACAUAUGGAGGUUUUCUACUUAAGCCAUUGCCACAUUCUUUGGCUCCCGUGAAGCCUACGAAUCCUGAUUUUUAUGCUGUUUAUGACUUAAAUCGUAUAGAUUUCGAUAAGCCGUAUGCCUCUCAUGGUUUUAAUUUAGCUAUGGAAUGGCUUAAACUAGAAAAAUACGGACGCGGACUGAACCCUCCAUUAGAUACCCAUAGAUAUGCCACAGGUCUUGGUGACGAGAACGGUGGAAUCAGGACAAGGAUAUAUAACCAUGAUGAACGCGAUAUAAAUAUUCUGUACAUGGAAGUUGUCCCGUGGUUCUUUCGAUUAUAUUUACAUACAUUUGAAGUUCUUUGUAGCAGAAAGAGAGCUCAGAAUGUGUUAUUAAAUCGACGAUUCAUUCCCGGAAAAGAUCGAUCGCGACCGUACUUACUGGAAUUAGCGUUGAGGCUUCCAGCGAAAUCUUCCACAACCAUAAAGAUAGACUUCCAACGAGCAUUUCUAAAAUGGACGGAACACCCACCAGAUGCUCACCAUGGUUUUUAUAUAAGUUCAGCAGUAAUAACUACAGUUCUGCUAAAUGAUGCCAAUACAACGGUGCCUCCACUGAUGGCAAGUAACCGUAACCAUGAUAAAGAAGUUAUCACUCGAUUAUAUACAGAAGCUUUACUUGUAACCUUACCUACACCUGAUUUUAGCAUGCCGUUUAUAGUUAUAUGCUUAACUAGUACUGUAGUUGCUAUUGCGUUCGGUUCUAUACACAAUUUAACCACGCGACAAUACCAACUCAAAAAUAUCGAAGAUAUCAAAAAGCAAAGUAUUUUUAAUAGAUUGAUUUCUUUGGUAUUACCAUUUAAAAAGAAAUAA